AUGGUUUCCUACAAAGAGAUACAAGCCUCCAACGCGCUCAUCAACGACGCAACGGCGCCCCGUGUCGCUGUUUUCGCCGGCGGCACCUCAGGCAUUGGAAAGUUCACCAUUAGAGCCCUCGUAUCCACGGGUGCCAGCGUGAGGAUCUACCUUGUUGGGCGCAAGAGCUCCGAAGAAUCCUCGCGUGCCUUCAUCCAAGAACUAAACGCCAUCAACCCCAAGGCGGACAUCGUUUGGACUGAGGGUGAGAUCUCACUGCUUGCCGAAGUCAAGAGAAUAUGCGAGCACAUUAAAAAGACUGAAUCACGCGUCGAUUUACUGUUCCUUACGGCGGGUUAUGCACCGUUCGGCACGCGGAAGGAGACUAGCGAGGGCGUGGAAAUCGCACAGAGCUUGGAAUACUAUUCGCGGAUGCUGUUCAUCCUACAUCUUCUCCCCGUCCUCAGUGCAUCCGAGGCUCCCAGGGUCAUCAGCGUCUUGGCGGGCGGGCUAGAGAAGGCAAACAUCAACGUGGAUGACUUGGACUUGAAAGACCCGGCAAAUUUCAGUGCUAUCAGGGCCCAGAUGCAAUACGGAACUAUGAACACGGCCUUUCUGGAGAAAUUGGCCAGCCAAAACCCCAACGUGACGUUUAUCCACUCCUGGCCCGGAUGGGUCAGCACAGGAAAUAUGCGGAGGGGCUGGGAUGAAAACUCAAUUGUAGCUCGGAUCUUUUGGUUUAUCCUCGAGCCAAUUGUUUAUCUCUUUGGGUACAGCGACGAGGAGUCUGGGCAGAGAUAUUUGUUUCAAGCUACUAGUGCUGCCUUUGGUGGUCGUGGCAUACCAUGGGGAGGAAAGCAGGGAGUGAACUCACUCGAAAAGCCGGAAGAGGGACUGUUUCUUAUCAACUACAGCUGCGACUGCACGCCGAAUGCAAAGGUCAUGCCUCUACUUCGAGAAAAGGCACAGGAAAAAGUUUGGGACCAUACGCAACAAAUUCUUCAACCAUAUUUGUAA